AUGUCCUACAAUCGAUUGGAUCCCUACGGGGAUGAUGACAGCCAUUCGCCCAUGAUGAAUCCACAUCAAUUGCACAAUCGCACCCCGUCCCCAGGACGGCCCUUGGACAACGUGCACCCUUACCAGCACGAGACCUCCUACGAACCGCCGCAUCUUCAAAUGCCCUCCAGUGACCGUCUGGCCGCACAGCCUACGUAUUCGGUGGAGGGCAUAACCAACUCAUUCGGCCACAACGAGGCUUAUGAGCAGCACCAUCAGCCCACUUAUCCCAACUACGAGUAUUCGAUACGCCCGGAGGACCACCAUGAUGCCUAUUAUACUCAGCCCUACCAACCGACAGCGCCUCAAGAAGACUACGAUCUCGGUCAGUAUCCUUCGCAAGAGAACAUGCAGCCCUAUCACGAUGAUCGCGUUCCCAUUCUGCAACCCGACAAUCAAUAUGGGAAUGAACAAUAUGAGCCGCCGGAUUAUGGACAACAGGAGUACCACGACGAGCCCGCGCCCACUCCAAGUCCAGCCCCCAUUCGGCGGUGGAAAACGGUCAAGGAGGUGCAACUGUUCAAUGGAAACCUGGUGCUCGACUGCCCCAUCCCUCCCAAGCUCUUAAACCAGGUGCCUCACGCAGAGCCUCCGGGACGCGAUGAAUUUACGCAUAUGCGCUAUUCCGCGGCGACCUGCGACCCUGCAGACUUCUACAAUGAUCGCUUCACCCUGCGUCAGAAGCUGUUCGCCAAACCGCGACACACGGAGCUCUUCAUCGCCAUCACCAUGUACAACGAAGACGAAUUCCUCUUCGCCAGAACUCUGAUUGGAGUAUUCAAGAACAUUGAGUAUAUGUGCUCGCGGACCAACAGCAAGACAUGGGGGAAAGAGGCCUGGAAGAAGAUUGUGGUUUGCGUGAUCAGCGACGGCCGUGCCAAGAUCAACCCUCGAACUCGAGCGGUUCUGGCGGGUCUGGGGGUGUACCAAGACGGGAUCGCAAAGCAGCAAGUCAACGGCAAGGACGUGACAGCCCACAUCUAUGAGUACACGACGCAGGUGGGGUUGGAAUUGAAGGGCACCCAGGUGCAUUUGAAACCGCGCAACGCGACUCCAGUCCAGAUGAUCUUCUGCCUGAAGGAGAAGAACCAGAAGAAGAUCAACUCCCACCGUUGGUUCUUCCAAGCCUUUGGCCGUGUUUUGGAACCCAACAUCUGCGUUCUCAUUGACGCUGGUACCCGACCGGGGAGGGACUCGAUUUAUCACCUGUGGAAAGCCUUCGAUUUGGAGCCGAUGUGCGGCGGCGCAUGUGGUGAAAUCAAGGUCAUGCUGUCGCACGGCAAGAAACUCCUCAAUCCGCUGGUGGCGACACAGAACUUCGAAUACAAAAUGAGCAAUAUCCUGGACAAGCCAUUGGAGUCGGCGUUCGGUUUCAUCUCGGUGCUUCCUGGUGCCUUCUCGGCCUAUCGAUAUGUUGCGUUGCAGAAUGACAAGAACGGACAGGGGCCGCUGGAAAAGUACUUCGCGGGCGAAAAGCUGCACGGCGCCAAUGCCGGUAUCUUCACUGCCAACAUGUAUCUGGCCGAAGACCGGAUCCUGUGUUUCGAGAUUGUGACGAAGCGCAACUGCCGCUGGGUGCUGUCGUACGUCAAGUCCGCCACUGGAGAGACGGACGUACCGGAUCGCAUGGCCGAGUUUAUCCUGCAGCGACGACGGUGGCUCAAUGGAAGUUUCUUCGCCGCUGUUUAUGCCAUCACUCACUUCUACCAGAUC